AUGGCCAUCUUUAAUAAUUCAUUGUAUUUGUUGUCAGAGCAGAGAUUGAGGAGGAUUAGUUUGGACGUGAUGAAUACAGAUACGAAACCAGAAUUGUGGUCAACUCUGUUUUUUGAAACUGUGGUUGGGGCCGAUGGAGAGGAUGCCACACAGGGGCCACUAUUUGGUGCCUAUUCUCUUGUAUUGAAUCCGAAUGAUAAUACCUUUCUUAUUGGAAACAAGCGAUUGAACAGAAUUUCCAAAAUUUCACUUUCGGAUAGAACAGUCGAAAUGGUUGUUGGUGGAGGUGGAGAAGGGGGUAUCGAUGGUGAUGCUUUGAGUAUUUACAUAUUGUAUCCGACUGGUGCUGCUUAUGCCAAUAAUUCUUUGUUCUUCAGUGAAACUGGUUUUAACAAGAUUAGAAAAUUUGACCUGAGCUCAAAACAAGUGACAAAUAUAGCAGGAAAUGGACUGAACUCUUUGGAUUUAGGAGCUACUAUCAAUAGUUUGGCUACAUCAACUGCAAUUUCUGCUGUUUCAAGAUUAGUUGUGGAUGAAGCAGGGAGUUACCUAUAUAUGGUAGUAAAUGGCGCAGGAUAUUCAGCUAUUUUCAGCAUGAAAUUGGAUAGUAAUCCAUUACUGCAACUCAUCAAUGUAUUUGCAGGAACCCCAGAGAGUGGGAAAGGUCCAGGAUAUGGUUCAGAUAAGCAGGAAGCUUAUUUUUCAACUAUUAAUGGAAUUUAUUUGGCAAUCAAUCCAAUAACUGAUGAUUAUGAAAUGUAUAUUUCAGAUUCAUCGUGUAUUCGGGUGAUUAAUAUGACUACUGGUAUUAUAUCUCCAUUUGCUGGUGUGUUUGGAAAUCCAGGGUUUUCAGGUGAUGGAGGAGAUGCCAAGGUUGCACAAUUCAACAACCCAAGUACAAUGCUAUAUUACUAUGAUCCAAACACUAGUGAAUACUCAAUGAUUGUUAACGAUUCUGGAAAUAGGCGAUUAAGAAAGAUUACAAUGAACUCUAAUGGUGUAAAUAACGUAAUAACCAUUGCAGGUAUUGAUGAAAAUUUUAAAGAUAAUGUGAAUGGUAAUGAGGCAGUCUUUAACAACGCAACAGACUUGUUUCUGAGACGAAAUGGAGAAGAUACUAGUUUAAUAUUUUUGGAUAGUCUCAAUUAUCGAAUUCGAAAAAUUGAUUUGCACACCAAUUUAGUUCAAACUAUGGCAGGAAGUGGUGAUAUUGGUUAUGAUAAUGGUGCUGCUUCGACAGCCUCUUUCACUCAUCCCACUGCCUUAAUAGGAGAUACUGUCCUGGGUCCAAAUGUAUUUUUGAUAUAUGACAGUUUCAAACAUAGAAUAUUGGACACGAGUUCAAGAACAGUUUCUGACUUUGCUCUUCCAAUUUUUGAAAGCCAAUAUCAAGGAGUUAGAUCAUUUGCAUUUGCUCCAAAUAAUCGUGAUACCUUUUACUUUACAACCUUUUACAACCAAGUUAGAAAAUUUAACAUGACACAAAUGGCAACUAUUGAUCUAGUUGCAGGACAAGGAGGAGCUGGGGAUUAUUCAGGAGAUGGUGGAGACCCAACAAUUGCUAAAUUGAAUCUUCCAUACGAUCUUUCUUUCAAUUCGAAUGGAGAUUUAUUUGUUUGUGAUUAUCAAAAUUCAGUUAUUAGAAAGAUUAAUGCAAAUUUUGUAAAUAUUACAAGAUAUGCUGGUGUUGUAGGAGGCCAAUGGACUUCUGGAGAUGGUGGCUCAGCACUUGAUGCUAAUAUUGUCAAACCUGUCUCAAUUGCAGUUUCAAAAAAGAGUGGUGACUUAUUUAUUGCUCAAAGAAGAACCAUUAGAAGAGUUGACAGUUCCACCUUACAAAUUGAAACAAUUGCUGGUAGUUUAAAUAGGGACGGAAUCAUUGAAAAUGGAGAAGAUAUUGAUGCACGAUCAGCAAGAUUAAUAGGUAUUGAACAAAUUAUAUUGGACGAAUUGACUGGACAAAUUUACUUGUCGGAUGCAUCUACCAAUUUAAUAAGAAGAUUGACACCUGUUUGUGACAGCUCAAACUAUGCCCUGAAACAGGAUGGAUCUCUAUGCUUAAUCAAAUGCUAUGAAAAAAUUGGAAGUGAAGUUUGUUCCAAAAGAGGAAAUUGUGUGAAUUUUGACACUUGUGCUUGUCAAGAAGGUUUUUUUGGCAGUGAGUGUCAAUAUACUAACUGUACAGUUAGCCCAUGUUUGAAUGGAGGAAGUUGCAUUCCUGAGACUGGAAAUUGCUCAUGUCCAACAAGUUACAGUGGAGCUAAAUGUGAAAUAGCUCCAACAUGUUUUGGAAUUGAAGCAACAAACCCAACAGUUUGUGGAGGAAAAGGAUCUUGCACAGGAUUUGAUUUUUGCUCGUGCAGUGUUGGAAGUUUUGGUGAUAAGAAUAGUAGCAAACUCAGCGGAAAACAAGCCUACGAACAAUCAAAGAAGAAAUCUCAUCAUGGUGGGAGAAGUGCCGAUGAAGAAGAUCCCUUCUCUAAAAAAGCAUCCACCAUGAAACAAUCCGAAUAUGAUGAUCCAGAAAUUUAUAACAAUAAGAAGGAUAGAAAAAAGAAAAAGCGAGGGGGCGGAAUAAAAUUGGAGGAUGAAGAUUUCCAGAAAAUGAAUCAACAAUUGGAACCUUAUGGAUUGUAUUUGAAGAAGGUUACUGGUGAUGGAAAUUGUCAGUUUAGGUCUGUGAGUGAUCAAUUGUAUGGAGAUCAAACUCAGUACCAAAAAAUUAGACAAGGAGCUGUGGAAUAUAUGAUUACCAAUCCGGAUAUGUUUUCUCCAUUUGUUUGUGAUGAACCAUUUGAAGAUUAUUGUAAAACUAUGAAGAAGGAUACAGAGUGGGGUGAUAAUCUCACUUUGCAAAGUAUUUCACUGGCAUUCAAUGUAAAUAUUCGAGUUCACCAAUUAGGACAGCCAUCAUUUGAUAUUGUUAACUAUAAUCAACCAGAGAGUAGACUUAUUCAACUCAGUUAUCAUAUGGGAGAACAUUACAAUUCUGUUCAUUUCAUGAGUGACAGUGUUCGAGAAUUAUAUCAAAGGGCUAGCGAAGGUAAAUCAUCAUCAGGUGAAAUCUCUAAAAAGGAACAAAUAAUUAUUCAAUCUACUGGAUGUACCGAUUUGGAAUUGAUUAGAAAUACUUUGGCAGAUUUUGGACAAGAUAUGGACUCAACAAUUGAUUUCCUCUGCCAAAUGCAAUACCUUGAGAGCUCAUCAGCAUCCAGCACCAGUAGUAAUAGCAAGAAGAAUUCAAAGAGCCAGUCAAGCAAUAGCUCUGUAGGAAGUAGUAAGAGCCAUGAAUUACAGAACACAGCCUUCUCUUCACCAGCUGCUUCAGGUGAUGGAAAUUUGGAUUUAUGCUUUGAUAUGGUCAUGUCAACAAUUGGUUAUGAGAGCGGAUUUGAUUUGGAAAUGGUGAAGGAUAUGAUUAUUCAAAAUAAUUUCAAUACUGAAAUGGUUAUUGGAAUUUUAUUAGAGUUGGGCUCUGAAAGUAAUCCACCUCCAUCUUCCAAUUCUAAUACUAUUGGUUCAUCAUCCUCAAGUACCUCAACAGUAGAGGACUCGACAUCGAGUAGCAAGACAAAAGAAAAGAAACUCACCAAACGAGAAAGGAAGGACAAGAAGCAACGUGAAAAAUUGAGCAAGGUUGAAGCAAUCAAACACAGAACAGUUCAAAACAAUACAGAUUUUGAUGAGGAAGCUAUCAAGAAGAUGGAACAGCCAGUUCCUUCAUCGUCAAUGGAACUGAUAGAACAGCAACAGAAACAACAUCACUCACAUCAGGGUGGAGGUAAAUCAUCGGGAGACCAAACGAUUGUCGAGAUGCAAGAAGAUAAGAAUAAGGCAGAAAAGAAGAAGGAUAAGAAGGAUAAAAAGGAUAAGAAGAAGAAGAAAAAGGUGAAACACUGCUGUAAAUUACCAACAAAAUGGUAUCACAUUAUUACUCUGGUAGGAUGGGUCGUAAUGAUUGGAUUUUGCAUUUGGUAUAUUUAUAAUUCUACUAUUAAUUACUAUGAAACACUUGCAAAUCCAACUACUUCAUUAUCCUAUGUAGCAAAAUUGCCAAUGGCUUUUCCAAAUGGUUCAGAUGUUUCCUAUAAUGAAACUGGUAGACUUAUUGAAGAAAAGAGAAUUAAUCAAUUGGGAUCGGAUUUUAAUUGUUAUGUCAUUAAUAAUAGUACCACGGACCCAUUUUCAACACACAAAACUGGAUAUAUGGGAUCCAUACAACUCUACUUUACAAUUACUAGACCAGACGAAGAUGUUACAGGGGCUAGAAUUGGGCUUCAAAUCUCAUUCCAUGAGCCAGGAACCGAUCCUGAUUUAUUAGCUGAAACCAAUUAUGCAAUGCCUGAUAUGGAUAAUGUAUUCAUGUUGACAAAGGUUUACACAAAGAGAUUGAAACCAUCCAUUGAAAAUCCCAAAUUGGAAGAAACUAGGUGGGAUUCAAAGUAUACCAACAUUGAAAUUGUUGGUAAUGAUGAUGAUGGAGUUUAUAUUACUAUUGCUUAUUCAUCACUCGUUCAAAAUAAUAUUGUUGAAAUUAUUACUGGAACAAUUGAAGGUUUAUUAGGAGAUAUUGCUGGUAUUCUAGGUUUGACAAUGGGAAUUGACUUGCUCAAGGUUUUGAGAGGAUUUUUGGAUAUUCCUUAUUCUAUUAAGGAUAGAACUCUGAAGAAUAUCUAUGAUACAUUCAACUAG